AUGAAGGGAAACAUCCUCGUCACAGUUUUGAUCUGUGUUUUUUUCGUCGUGAUAUUCCUUGGAUUCCUGAGCUACUGCUGGUACGCGCGCCAUGUUAAAGUUGGUGUCCUGUUUAGCAAAGCGAUGGCACCAGGGCAAAGGAGAGUCGGCCGGGAUCUUCGGCGUCAAAGAUACCGUGGUCAACGGGAUAUUGAACAACAAGCGCCCCUCCAAGUUCCUCGAUACACCAGCAGAGGGUGGUCACGAGCACGAACUCGAAGUCGACCUCGUGAGGGACCCCGUAACCCAGAUUACCUGAUUGUCGAAGAGGCACGGCCAGGCGAACGUCCGAGAGUCACUCGCUACUCUCCAGGGCGGGUAGCCAUGUCCUUCGAUUACAACGGCGAGGGAAGGAAUCAAUAUCGAAGCAACCGCCGCUUGCAAAGUGAACUAGAAUACCGGAACAGGAACGAUAUUCUCAGACCCCCAGAAGGCGUUAUAACCAAGGAAUCCAUCCAUAAAUGGGCCUCCAAAACUCAUCCAAAUGGAUCCGGGUGGGAAGCUGUAUCCCAUGGUCAGAAAGGAGAGCACCAUGCCAGUCGUCAUGACGAAAAAGCAGAAAGUCACAAAAAGGAAUCAAACUGGGGUCACGGCAACGAAGGUGAUCAUAAAGAAAAGGCCGGAAGUCACAAAAAGGCUUCCAGCUGGGGUAAUGGCAACAAUGACAAUCAGCCCAAGGGCUCAAUCCACAGCCCGAAAAAAGCCGCCUCAAAAGGCAGCAAGGCAGUUUCCACGAAAUGGACCCAAGUAAGCAAGAAAGUGAGUCACCAACAAAGAGGAAAUGAGGAUCACACAAUUAAUAGAAAAUCCAAGAACAGUGACUGGGGCAACUCCAAGAAGAGUGAUCACAACAACGAAAACACCAAGAAGGAUAACCAGGGAAAUGACCCAGACACCUGGGUAAGCGAAGAUCAUUCAAAAGUGCGAAUUGGGAUAAAGGAAUUGACAAUCGCAGGGUUAAUAUGGAACCUGAGAGCAAAGAUCACUGCUCACACAAUGACAUUGGUGCAACGUGGAAUGCUCAACUUGCUAGCAAAGAGGAAACUUCGAAGACAAGACCAAGGCCUUCAAUAG